AUGAUGAGCAACAAGGCUUGGCAGCGUCACGGAUGCUAUAGACUUGGAUCCACCCAAUACUUCAACAUGCCGCUUGAGUCCGCCUUAGUGGGAUGUGACGACGAUUGGAACUCGCUCGAUCAUUUUGACCCCACGACGGACAUGCAUCGUCUCCUGAAACAUUUCUUGUACCUCCGAACCACCUACAACGUCCUCCAGGAUGGCUUGGACCUUGUACAGCAUGGAAACUGGACCUACUUCGUCGAGUUCCCAGGUUCGAACAACGUCGCAACCGAAAUGGGCCUCUGGUCCGUAUCACGUGCAGGUAUCCCGAACGUACAAAACUUGACGGGGGCGCACACCGAUCAGGUCUGGCUAUUGUACUCCAAUCAGAAUAACUCGCAGACAUUUUCGUAUGAUUGCAGCGGUCCGCUGUGGAUAUCAUCGCCCUAUGUAGGUGGGACGAUGGUGAGGAACUUGCUUUCUCCAUACGAGAACUAUACGCUCGUGGACUCGGGAUUGUCGUAUUAUAAUGAUGGAAGGGGACCGUGGUAUGGAUGUCUCCAGACGGUGGACAUGGAUACGUUCGGCUUCAAGGCUUUGGUCCCUAUCAGCGAGUGGAUCCCUGCCCCUCCUAUGCUCACUAAGUUCCUGCCUGGGCAUGACGCGCGCAUCAAAGUCAUGCGGGGGGAGCCAAACGCCACGAUUGUGAACCUCGUGCUGGAGUUCAAUGCGGUAAUGUCGUGUGAUAGCGUCACGCAGAGUUUAUCGUUCAACAUGUCGUCUUCUGGCAUCGGUGGGCAGCCUAUGCUCGACCUGACUUCUGUGGUGUGCAGUACUGUCACAAAUCCUACCAUGUCGCCCAUUGUGGGAACUCCGUACUCGCAGUGGUCGUGGUCUGGUACACUGACCGAUGUUCCUGAUGGAAUUUUGGAGAUUAUUGUUAAUAAUCCAACAUCGUUCGACGGGACGCUUUCUACUGGGAACAUAGACCAUCUGCUACUGCGCAAGGGCGAAUCCAACAAUAUCAUGGUGUUUCCCGAGUCUGAUUAUGAUAACACAGACUUCAACUACACUGAAGGCCAGUAUACUUUCACGCAUCGUGCCUAUGGGGCGGAUAUGUUCAGGUACUCAGGUGACUUCGCACUGAAUUGGUCUAAUUGGACGAGCUGGGAAAAUGUUACGACCAUACCCGCUGACGUUCUUAGCAAUUCUGAUACUUUCUGGACGGGACAACAUCUCAUAGUACAAUAUUGGAGUGGUGUCGCGACUACCUCAAGCGUCGUCGUGCACGCCGAUCUGGACUACGAGCAGCAGCGUCGCGUUCCCCAGUUCCUCGCUCGAGGUCCUUUCAACAACUGGGGUCAUGACCAGGGUAUUUCCAAUUCCAUGAACCUAGUCAGUGAUGGCAUUUGGGAGCUCGAAAUCAUGGCUGCGUGGCCAACAUACCUGCAACUCAACGUGUUUGGGUACGAUGACUACUACUAUGGCGACAUCGACGGGGACGGCAUUAUGGAUCGACUACCACCGAACAAUAUUGCGCCCAACUACCUGAAGUUGUCAGCGCCCCCUUAUCCUGCGCUCGCAUGGGCACUUGUCGUUGAUGAUGCCACGUUGGCGUGGACCCUUGAGCCCCGCGGCCAGGCUUCUGUCAGCGCUAUCAUGUACGGGCUUCUGUGCUCUCUCUCCCUCAUUACAGGAGUUCUUGCAGUCGUCGUUUUCAUGUACUCUUUCUACGGCAUCCACCAUAACCGGUACGGUGUGCAGACGAAGUCGGGUGCAAGCAAGCGUUUCCCUAUCAUCGGACCACUCAACAAGUCGACCACAGACUUCAAGGGGAGCGUGACUCCCAUCACGGAGAACUUGAAGAUCUUUGGGCGCAAGUCGAAUGCGGAGAUCAUAGGAUGGCCCGAGGACAAGAACAAGCGGCGCCAAGUCCUCAUCGCGACGCUGGAGUAUGAGAUCUUUGACUGGAAGCUCAAAGUCAAGAUCGGAGGUCUCGGCGUGAUGUCAUCGCUUAUGGGAAAAGCUAUGACGGACGUUGACUUGAUCUGGGUCGUUCCAAAAGUCAAGGACCUGGAAUAUCCCACUGGUGAACCUGCGGAGCCUAUCAAGGUUAUCAUCUUCAAUGAGCCUUACCUUAUCGAAGUGGAGACGCACGUGUCAGACAAUAUCACCUACGUUAUCCUCGACAGCCCCGUCUUCCGUGCACAGACCAAAUCAGACCCGUACCCAGCCCGCAUGGAUGAUCUCAGUUCCGCCAUCUUUUACUCUACAUGGAACCAAGCCAUCGCAGCCACCGUCCGCCGAUUCCCCGUGAUCGACAUAUACCACAUCAACGACUACCACGGCGCGCUUGCUCCAAUUUACCUCCUGCCCAAAGUAGUACCCGUCUGUCUCUCGCUGCACAAUGCCGAGUUCCAGGGUUUAUGGCCGCUUCGAACAAAAGAAGAGACGAAAGAGGUCUGCUCCGCGUUCAACAUCAGCAAAGAGCAUUGUACGAAAUACGUCCAGUUCGGAAACACGUUUAACCUGCUUCACGCUGCUGCAUCGUUUAUCAGCGUUCAUCAAAAGAGCAUCGGUGUCGCUGGAGUGUCGGACAAGUAUGGAAAGCGCAGUUGGGUGCGGUAUCCUGCUCUGUGGACCCUCAAGCAUGUUGAUUCGCUGCCUAAUCCUGAUCCUACGGAUAUUGCGGCUUUGGAUGAGAACCCGGUGGCUAUGCGUGAAGUGCAGAUCGAUCAAGCUGCUGAGGCGCAGCGUCCGGAGAUGAAGAGGCAGGCUCAGGAAUGGGCAAAUAUCAAGCAGGAUCCCAACUCUGAUCUGUUUGUGUUCGUCGGUCGAUGGUCGAAGCAGAAAGGUGUUGACCUGAUUGCGGAUGUCAUGCCAUCGCUCCUUGAGAAACGCCCUUCGAUACAGUUGAUUUGCAUCGGACCUGUUGUUGAUCUUUAUGGUCGGUUUGCUGCGGAGAAACUUACUCGGUUGAUGGAGAUGUACCCUGAUCGUGUUUACUCGAAACUAACAUUUACUGCGUUACCGCCUUAUCUGUUCAGUGGUGCUGAUUUUGUUCUGAUCCCUUCCCGUGACGAACCAUUUGGAUUGGUCGCUGUCGAAUUCGGGAGGAAAGGUGCCCUUGGUGUUGGUAGUCGACUCGGUGGACUUGGGUUGAUGCCUGGAUGGUGGUUCCCUGUGGAAUCUACAUCGACGUCCCAUAUGCUGUCUCAGCUGUCGAAGACGAUCAAGUUGGCGUUAAAAUCCACAGAAGAAGAAAGAGCCAUGCUUCGUGCUCGGUCAGCUGUCCAGCGUUUCCCAGUCGUCGAAUGGCGUCAGCGGAUGGAAGAUAUGCACCGAAGGAGUAUAAAUGCGAGCCGAAAGCUAGCUGGUUCAAAUGCUUGGCGGAAGGCGGACAGCAAGACUGAGCCGUCUCAGCAUGCGGUUCCGGAAGUAGAACAUUGGAACCCACUUAAUCAAGGACUGCUUGCUCGACCUAAACCAGCUGCCCAGAGCGCCAUGUUGUCCCAGAGACUGGUGCCUAGUUCCCCUGGAAACCAGGUCUUAACGCCCCACAAUGAGAGCUUUCUAUCGUCAUCGCCUUGUUUGAACAUCAACCGCGAUUCUUCAUACACAUCGGAUACUUCAAGUUCUGACAAGGAGCACUCGCGGCAUAGUUUCGCGACUAGUAGUCGGUCUGGGUACAGAGACCUUUUGGAGAAAGUGAACGAGACGAUUGCACAAAAUCAUCGACAUGCGUCAGAUCCUUUUUUGAGUCCAACGACGCCCUCACAUUUUCGGAAUUUUGGUGACCACUAUCUUAUCUCAUUCGCUAUUUACGUUGUCUCGGAGUUCAUGCAAAAGCUACAAGCGUUAAACUCGAAUAACUCCAAGGGUGAACUCUCUAUCGAGAAGUACCUCGUCAAGUCUGAGGAGGCUUUCUUCGAACGUGUGAGACGAGACAAGCUGUCUAGUGCAGCCAGUUACAUUUCUUGGCACCCAGAGUCUAUCUGGAGCAUAUCGGCUUCAAAAAUUGGAAGCUGGCCGUUGUAUACUAUCAUUAUUGCUCUCGGCCAGAUACUCGCUGCAAAUAGCUACCAGAUGACUUUGCUCACUGGACGAAACUACCAGGACAACAUCCAGCUAUAUGUUCUCAGCACUGUGUUUUUGGCUUCAUCUUUCGUUUGGUAUACGAUGCUUCGCUUGAAGCCUUCUGUCUACGUUCUUUCUGCUCCCUGGCUCUUCUAUGGCAUAGCAUUCUUUUUGAUUGGCGUUCCCUCGUUGUCAUCGAAACUUCAAGGGACUCAUACCAUCUUAUCGGACAUUGCCACUUGGUCAUAUGCGGUCGCUUCUGCUGCUGCUUUCAUCUUUUUCGGCUUGAACUUUGGAGAGGAGGCGGGUGCCGCCACUGAAGUCUGGAUACUACGCGCUUGCAUUGUACAAGGUUCUCAACAAAUUUGGGUAGCUGCACUGUGGUACUGGGGUAGCAAACUGAAUACCGCGACGCCUGGGUCCGUUACGCCUUGGUGGAUUAUCUUUAUUUUGUGGCCACUUUCAAUAAUGUCGUUUGCAUUUGCAUACUUGAUGUUGUACGGACUGCCAGAGUACUACCGACAAACUCCUCCGAAACUCUCAAACUUCCUCGAAACUCUCUUCCGAAGGAAGCUAGUACUUUGGUUCAUCGCAUCUGAAAUCCUACGUGAUUAUUGGCUCAGCGGUCCCUACGGUCGUAACUGGAGUUUCCUGUGGAGUGUUCCGAUCCCCAAGUGGGCGAUCAUGCUUCUCGUCAUCUUUUUCUUCGUCGGUGUCUGGGCUCUCAUGCUCUAUAUUCUCAGGUCCUUGAGUAAGACGCAUACUUGGUUGUUGCCCGUCUUCGCUAUCGGCCUUGGUGCUCCAAGAUGGUGUCAGACAUUGUGGGGCACCUCAUCUCUUGCGCUCUAUAUCCCGUGGGCUGGCUCAGGGGGGCCGUACCUUGGUCUUUCUCUGUGGCUUUGGCUCGGCGUUUUGGAUGCUGUACAGGGUGUCGGCUUGGGAAUGAUUCUCCUGCAGACAUUGUCAAGAUCACACGUCUGUUCCACACUUGCUUUCGCUCAGGUCGUCGGGUCUAUCUGUGUUAUGAUCGCCCGUGCAACUGCACCAAACCGCAUCGGCCAAGGGAGCGUAUUCCCUAAUCUCGGAACAUGGGACUUUUCGCAGGGUCUCAAGGGCAGCCCGAUGGCUUCUGCUCCAUUCUGGAUGGCGCUGGUCUGCCAGAUCAUCAUUGUACUAGGUUACUUCUGGUUCUACCGCAAAGAACAACUAGAUCGCGACACUGCUUAUCAUGGUGAAUGGGCGAGUGACAUAGCAUAG